UUAGCUGCAGUGAGUGUGUCAGGCAGGGGCUGGCAUAGCUUGUCGCCUUCCUCGGCGGCUUGCUGCUGCUCCUGUUCAGGAGAGAAACUGAUCUGGACACAGCUGUGGUCAAGCAGAGCCUCACCGAGCGGUCUGUGUUCUAGGCGCUGCAAGACAAACGGCGGUAUUUGGGCAUCAUGGCUACAGACCCGCUCUCAGAGCUUCAGGAUGACCUGAACUUGGAUGAUACCAACCAGUCCCUCAGCCAGCUCAAACUGGCCUCCAUAGACGAUAAGAACUGGCCAGCAGAUGAAGUCCCUGCAUUCCCCAAAUCAGAGGACUCCAAAGGCUCCCCUGAGCCCGUCACUCACCUGCGGUGGGAUGAUCCCUACUACGAUAUCGCCAGGCACCACAUUGUGGAAGUAGCAGACCAGGGUGCACUUGAUGGGGCCCAACCAGGUGAUGACAAAUAUGGAAGGAAAGUCAUUUUGUUCAGUGCCUGCCGGAUGCCCCCAAGUCAUCAGCUUGAUCACGUGAAACUGCUGGGGUACCUGAAAUUCACACUGGACCAGUAUGUGGAGAGCGAUUACACACUGGUGUAUCUGCACCAUGGCCUGACCAGUGAGAACAAGCCAUCCCUGAGCUGGCUGCGAGAUGCCUACAGGGAAUUCGAUAGCAAGUACAAGAAGAACAUCAAAGCCUUGUACAUUGUGCACCCAACCAUGUUCAUCAAGACCCUGCUGAUUCUCUUCAAGCCUCUGAUCAGCUUUAAGUUUGGACGAAAAAUCUUUUAUGUGAACUUCCUUAGUGAGCUGGAGGAGUAUGUGAAGCUGGAACAGUUGGGGAUCCCGAGCCAAGUGCUGAAAUAUGAUGAAUAUCUGAGAUCCCUGCAGAAGCCUGCACAAGUGCCCCAGAAGCCAACACCCCCACGCCCGCCGCUGCCAAACCAGCAGUUUGGAGUCUCGCUCCAGCAUCUAAGGGAGAAGAGCCCUGAUCAGUCUCCUGUUCCUCUGGUGGUCAGAGAGACCAUUGCUCAUUUGCAGGAGCAUGCUCUUGCAACAGAAGGGAUUUUCCGGAGAUCAGCCAAUACACAGGUUGUCAGGGAGGUCCAGCAAAAAUACAACAUGGGUGUGCCGGUAGAUUUCCAGCAGUAUGAAGAUGUCCACCUCCCUGCUGUGAUUCUCAAGACCUUCCUGAGGGAGCUACCCGAGCCCCUCCUCACCUUUGGCCUCUACAGCCAUGUUGUCAGCUUCCAGAGUGUGGAGGAGGAGAAUCGCGUGGAUGUCGUUCGCAAAACACUCCAAAGUCUGCCAGAAGAAAACUACCAAGUGCUCCAUUUACUGACAGCCUUCCUGGUGCAGGUCUCUGCUCAGAGUGACAGAAACAAGAUGACGAACACCAACCUGGCAGUUGUGUUUGGCCCAAAUCUGCUGUGGGCCAAAGAUGUAGCCAUCACCCUAAAAGCCAUCAACCCCAUCAAUACCUUUACCAAGUUCCUGCUGGACCACCAGAAGGAGCUCUUUGAGAACGUGGAGGCCUGAAUCCAGGCCAGCCCACUCCAACACACUGUGCCCACCUUCCCACCUUCUUUCCCACCUUGUCUUGGAGCUGUGACCAAGCUGUCUCCAGUGCAAAGGGACCAUUGAUCCCCUGGGUGAUGAGCAGAAUGAGGGCUGUGGAGAUGGUGGAGGAAGUGUAAGGAAGCAAGCAGAUCUCUUGCGUCAGGUGGGGAUGGGAGCUGGUCUCCCAGCUGCUGGGUGGAGUCCUCCCCAACCUGCCAGUCUGUGCAGCUCCUCCAGGGCUCAUCACCAGCCUCCUGCCCUAUAAGACGACCUGCCUUCCUUUCCUCCUUCCCUCACGUGUGUUUUUUUCUGCCCUCCUGCUCCCUUCCUCAGCAAAAAUCUUUUUUUUGUUUAAACUCCCAACAGCCCCAGCUCGCUCCCCUUGCCUCAGCUGGGCUAUCAGGGCUAGGGCAGAUUGCUGGGUUUGUGGCAGAGGUGUUCUUGCAGUGAGUGCCAUCUUUCAGCACUGAGCAUGCAUCCUGCCUUCUCCCAGAGGCACCUGAAGCGCUGAAGGGAGCAGGCAGCCCUUGUGCUUCAUGUAGCAUCAUGUUCUGCACUUGCAAACACCUCUCCAGACCCACGGUUUUGACCAGCAAGUGAAAGACAGGUUCACAGCACGUGGGCUGUGUAGACCUGCCAGACUGCAACACAGGGAAGCUGAAUUUAGCCCAUAUUCCUCUGAGGUCACCCACUCCAGGUACUCUUCAGCUUUUACUGGGGUGAGGUUACUCCUGUAGUUUCCCAGCUCAAGUGCUGGUGUCCCUCCAGCCGCGUUUCCAGCCUGGCUGGGAAGGUUCACGCCAGAGCUCGCCCCCUUCACAGGCAGGAAGGAGGCUGAAUUGCAAGGAGAAAGAGCCCUGGUGGCACCGAACUGCCGAACACUAUGAAGAUCACUGCCUUUCCCUGUGGCAGCAGCACGAGGCCUCUUGUACUCCUUCAGGCGUGUGUAUCUGUGCUGACAGGCACAGACUGCCUUGGUUGUCCUUCUUUUUUCUCUUCAGUUUGAGCAGAACUUUCUCUAGCACAAUGCAACAGUGAGCAUGGCCUUGAGGGGAGGUCUGGAGCCUGGGGCUAACCCUCGCUCUGGUGUGCACCAGGCCUGGCUUACAGGUUUCUGCCCAGGUGCUGAGCUCUCGUGUGCCAAAGUUGUGAGGGAACAGCUAUUCCAUGCUGAGGGCCCUGCCCUCUCUCCUCCUCGGUUCAUAGUUCCCUUGCAUCCUACCGUGGAAGCCUCAUCAGAUACAUCCUGUAUGCCCUGG